GUCGUGGUAGAUGUUGGUGUGCUGGUGUAUUUAGUUCGGUCACAGAGUAAAAAUCCAAAAUGCCUCGUGUAUACGUAGGCAAACUGAGUUAUCAUGUCCGCGAAAAGGAUCUGCAGAGAUUCUUCAGUGGCUAUGGAAAGCUUUUGGAGAUUGACCUGAAAAACGGGUAUGGCUUUGUGGAGUUCGAGGAUACCCGUGAUGCCGAUGACGCCGUGUAUGAGCUGAAUGGAAAGGAGCUUUGUGGCGAGCGAGUGCUGGUUGAGCAUGCCAGAGGGCCACGGCGAGAUAGAGACCGAGAUGGAUAUGGUGGGGGUAGUAGUGGUGGUGGUGGUGGUGGUGGAGGAGGAGGAGGAGGAGGAGGUGGUGGUGGCGGCGGCGGCGGCGGAGGUGGUGGUGGUGGUGGUUACAGCAGCAGGAGUCGCUCUGGCCGAGACAAGUAUGGGCCACCUGUGCGCACAGAAUACCGGCUCGUUGUGGAGAACUUGUCUAGUCGUUGCAGCUGGCAGGACCUUAAGGAUUUCAUGCGGCAGGCUGGUGAAGUGACCUAUGCUGAUGCUCACAAGGAACGCACAAACGAGGGGGUGAUUGAGUUCCGCUCUUAUUCUGAUAUGAAAAGAGCUCUGGAGAAACUGGAUGGGACUGAUAUUAACGGCAGAAAAAUCCGCCUGGUGGAGGAUAAGCCCAAGCGUCGUCGUUCUUACUCAGGCAGCCGGUCCAGGUCUCGUAGCAGACGCCGUUCUCGUAGCAGGAGCCGUAGAAGCAGGAGCUCCCGAAGCCGAUCCAAGUCUCGCUCCCGCUCCCGGUCCCGCAGCAAGCGUCGCUCACACUCCAGGUCCAAGAGAAAGUCACAAUCCAAGUCCCCAUCCAAAUCACGCUCUAAGAAAUCCCGCUCCCGUUCUGUUAGCCGCAAGUCUCGCUCCAAGAGCCGCUCUAAAAGCCGCUCCAAGAGUCGCUCCAAGAGCCGCUCCAAGAGCCGCUCGAAGCCCAAGUCCGAGCGUGGCUCCCGAAGCCGCUCCAAAGAGAAGUCUGUGAGCAAGAAGUCCCGUAGUCGGUCUGCCUCCCCAAUGGAGAACGGUGACAAAAAGUCUGUCUCGUGUUCUCCCUCCCCACGCGGAGAUGAGCGCCGUUCCAAAUCACCUGCUAAACGCUCAAUGUCCCGCUCCCCUUCUCGGUCCAAGUCUCGUUCUAGAUCUCGCUCCAGGUCUGCAUCCCAGGACUGAAGCUGAGAAGAUGAUUGACUUGGUGAAUGCUGAUUUGUAGCUUUUGGUUGUAGAGCACUUGAAAAAGGUGCUACAGAAUAUCACGUAAGAAACAUUGUAUGGACGGCUAAUGUGUAAAUAUUAAUUGUGUACCUGGUAUGUCUUAAAUAGCCUCCAACUUUCUCCAUUUUGAUUUGGGUCUGUUUUUUAAAGUUAGUUGCUUGUACUGAAAUGUUUGCUGUUUUAGGAACUUUCCUAUGCUAACUAAAACUAUUGCAUUUUGAGACUGAAUCUUGUUUGGCUGCAUAGGAAUGCUUCUAUUUCUGAAAGUACUGUGGAAUGCUUUAGGUUAAGUAUUUUGUGAUGGGCCAUCGUACAGUAACUUUUUGUUUCUUUUUUUUUGUACUUUGCCUUUUGAGAACUGGCUUUUGGUGCAUCACUCUGGUGGAACUAAAGACAAAGUCUUGUUUCAUUUUUACCUGUGUAUAAGCAAUCUGCAGUAUUUUAGUUAAAUAAACAUGAUUGGUUA